UGCGUACGAAGUAAACGCGUGUCUUGUCUGCAUGAAAUUUAAUAUGUGAAAUACAUUUUUUGAAAGCUAUUUUAUUUAUAAUUGCGAACAUUUAUUUUGGUUUCGUGGGAUAGUUUCAUUCAGAUGCCAAGCAAGCAACAGCUGGAUAAAGCUGCCUGGGAAUGGGCAGAAAAGGUUGAGCCUAAUAAUAUCACAUCUGAACACAUCGAGACAGCUUACAGAGUCAAGCUCAAACCAUGCAAACCAACUUCGUGCAGAAGAAACUGCAAAGGUAACCCUCGUUGCCUUGUUGGGUUAGGAGAAAGAAAUUGGCUUCAAGAUAUCGCAGACGAGGAUUGGCAUGAAAUUGAUGAUCCUAAUUCCGAACGUAGAGCACAGGGUUCUUUUGUUGGCUUGAAAAACCUCGGGGCAACAUGUUACGUAAAUAGCUUUCUUCAGGUAUGGUAUCACAACCCUCUGUUUAGAAGAGCCAUCUAUCAGUGGAAGCGUGAAGAUGAUCCACAAGAGUUGGUAGCUUUAACAAGUACUAAAGAUGAAAGAGGGGAGAAAGAACACUCGACUAACGGAAAUGAGGGGGAAGGUGUUUAUUCUCCUUCAUCCUGUAUAGGUCACCUACAGCUGAUUUUCGCCUUACUACAGUUUAGUGAGAGAAAGUACAUUGAUCCAACACAAUUUAUCAAUUGCCUUGGUCUAAGUGUGACGAGAGAUGCACAAGAGUUCAGUCAACUCUUUAUUUCCCUGUUAGAAGACAAGUUAUCGUAUCAAACUCACCCUUUUGUCAAAAACAUUAUUCAACAGUUGUACAGUGGAGAAUAUGCUUACAUAACAAGGUGCCAUAAAUGUUGUACUGAGUCAGCAAGGCCCUCUAGGUUCUAUGAACUUUGUUUGAACAUCAAAGGCCACAAAGAUAUACAUGGUUCUCUCCAAGAGUUUUUACAGGACGAGAAACUGGAAGGAAGUAAUCAAUACUUCUGUGACCAGUGUCAAUUAAAACAAGAUGCAACUCGCUUUAUUCGGCUUCUUCAUCUUCCUCCAGUAUUAAAUAUCCAGUUACUUCGAUUUGUCUUUGAUCGACAAACAGGUCAGAAGAAGAAGCUUAACUCAUUCAUUCGCUUCCAUGAAGUAUUGGACAUGAGUGCCUACUUACAGAAACCAGAAAGUCCAGUUUUGUAUGAUUUAAGUGCUGUCUUGAUCCAUCGAGGUCCAAGUGCAUAUUCUGGUCACUAUGUGGCCCAUAUUCGUGACCGUGUGUCUGGGGCAUGGUACAAAUUCAAUGAUGAAACAGUGGAAAAGAUGGAGGGGAAGAAAUUACAGCUAGGAGCAGAAGAAAACAUUGAAGAAGAAGGAGGUGGAAAACAGACUGGAAAACCACCAAGACUUUCGAAAGGUCAUCAUGCAUCAAAUAAUGCAUAUAUGUUGGUGUAUAGAGCUCGAGACCCUGAACAAAAAGAACUUCCUCCAGAUAACUCCUGCGAAUGGGAUCUUCCCGAACAUCUGCAGGAAGCCGUAGUUGAAGACAACAGUAGGUUUGAGGAAUGGGUGAUGGAGCUUGGCUUGAUGAGGGAACAAAAUGUCCAGUCAGGAAAAGCAAGACAAACGGAAAUCCGAACAUUGUAUGAUAUAUUACCAGCUACUGAAGGGAAUCCACAUGAAUGGAUCAGUAGUGAGUGGUUAAUGAAGUGGUUGAAUGCCGAUGUUGGUCAGGUGGAAGCAAUUGACAACUCUAGUGUUCUGUGUCUUCACAACAAACUACAUCCAGAUAAAGUUACUAAUGUCAAGUGUAUCAAUCAACAGGCUGCAGAUCAGUUGUUUGAGAAAUAUGGUGGCGGACCACGAUUAAGAGACGCUCUGUGUACCAAGUGCGUUGAGAGCCGUUGUCACUUGAUAAGGAUUAGAGCCAGGGUUCAGGAAGACAGCAAAACUAUAACUUCAAUGUUUAAAAUCAAGGUAUCUAGUGAUGAAGAUGCCUUCUGGGUAGGAAAAGACUCGAUAAAAGAUUGGAAAAAAAUGGUGUUAUCUCAGUACAAAAAUUGUGAUUCCACAUCUGCCUCAUCCAAUUAUGAAGAACAUAAUGAUAAUUAUGACCACAUGAGCUCUUCUGGAGAAAAGUCACAUUCAGAUGAGGGGAUGUCAGGAAAUGGUACAACAACUGAAGAAGAUCAUGAUGACAAUUCUGGUUAUAAUUUCAACGAAGAUGUAUUAUGUGAGCAUUCGAACUUGUCUGUUAAGGAGGGUUGUAGAAGAUUGGUUCAGGCACAAGUCUGGGAAAUCCUUAAGCAGUACUUUCCUAAUGCUCCUGAGUUUCCAAGAACUGCAAAUGUUUGUCCUGAAUGUGAGAUGAAGCAGGAAGAAAAUCAGGUGAAUACAGACCGAAAUAGGCUACUGGCCUUAGAACAGAAAACCUGCCUCCAAGAUCUUUACUCAGAUCGUAACCAACCCACCUGGACCAAGGUUGAGCCAAACACUAUCAUGUACGUUGUCGAUAGGAAUAUUGUAGACGAAUGGCGCAAGUUUAUAAGAGAUCCCAAGAAGAGGCCUGUCACUGUUGUAUCUAAUGCAGAGCUCCUCUGCCCACAUCGUCUACUUCUUUAUUCACCAGAGAUCACAGGUGAUAUCGACCCACAAAGUAGGCUUUAUUUGGUGUGGGAGUACGAGUGGCGGAUAAUCGCUCGUUUGUUUCAAGUUGACACAGAGAUUAGGGUGUGGAAAGAAAUACAAAACAAUUCCCCAGACUGUCCGGUUAUUAACAGUACACCAGCUCUUUGUGGGCCUUGUUACGUCGCACGACUUCACGAAGAACAACAACAGCUGCUAGACUUCACUAGUGCGAAGAUUUAUGUACGUCGUGUUACUAAGUUUGACGAAGUCGAAUUAAGUGGCUCACCAACAGUUGAUUCUGAAUCGCCUGACUGUGAUGUGGCGCCAUCUACCGUUGGGAAAGAGGAAGAUCCGGAAUUUAUUCAGAGUGUCAAGAAACGAAAGUGCCACGAAGGAGGAUCUGAUGCUACAAACGUUGGUGGCGAUUCUCAGUUACGUCGAAGUAGUCGUCGGAGAAAACUUCGAGGAGAAAAAGAAUUAACCGUAUCCUCAAAUCAGACACUUCGAGAUCUGAAGUUACAGGUUUGUGCUUUUCAAGAAGCUAUUCUCAAACUAGACGAUUCUGCCUGAAGUUACAGUUUUGUG